UUGACAUGAAGACAGCCAUUCAAGCGGCCGUGAUGGAAUGUUUUCAAGCACCGGAGCUUAUUUCAGCAGUCCAGCUGCAGUCAAUGGAGAGUCGGGAUCAGCAGUCAAUGGAGAACCGUAGUUGAUGGGAGCCUCCGCGCCAGACGGAAGCCACGAUUGGAGAUCAAUACCAGAGUGGUGCUGCCUUCGACGGUCGGAGGAGACGAAGCCGAUCGAGUCGCUCGAGUCCAGCCAUGGGUUGUUGCCAUCUGUGUCAAUCGCACCGUUUGAGUCCUCCGCGUCGGUCUGAUCGAUUGCUGUGGCAGUGGGGUGCUGCUGUCCGCGCUAAGUACUUCGCUCAAGCCUUCCAGUCGGUCAAACCAGAUGCCGCUCGAGCCAUUCAACCGCUCAAACCAGCUGAUGCCACCUCGUGCGCUGGGCAGGUACGAGGAUCACCUACAGUCGCCGGUGACAACUGUCCAGCCUAUUACUACAAUUGAUGCAAUAGCUUUCGUUGCAAAGUUGCCCAGUGCUGAUGGCGAUAAAAAACCCCCUACUGUGUGUGAGCAUUGUAAGAAACCCUGGCACACAAAGGACCAGUGUUGGAAAUUGCAUGGGAGACCCCCAAACAGCAAGCGACGACAGUCUCAUGACAAAUCAAACAUUGGUAGUGCCCUAGUGAGUGACUCAGUAGGUGAACAUACUCAGAAGCAGUCUUCAGUUGACAGUAAGAACAGUUUGAGUACGGUUGGGGUGAGUACUAUUGUCCAAUUAGGAUUUGAACUCGGGGACGACGAUUGACACUGCCCGACAUGACAGGGGACUCUAUUUCCUCCCUGAAGAAGCCUCAUUUAAGAUAUGCGAUAGGGCUAGUUUGUUUUCAUCUCAUUUUUCUGUUUUUGAAACUGACUAUAUGUUAUGGCACUAUCGCCUUAGCCAUCCUAAUUUUCAGUAUAUGAAUUAUUUGUUUCCUCAUCUUUUUCAUAAUGUUAAUAUUUCUAAGUUAAAAUGCGAUGUGUGUGUCCAAGCCAAACAACUCCGUGUUUCUUUCAAGUCUCAGCCUUAUAAACCUUCUAAAUCAUUCACCCUAUUCCAUAGUGAUGUCUGGGGUCCGUCACCUGUUACUACCAUCACUGGAAAGCGAUGGUUUGUAACCUUCAUUGACGAUCAUACUAGGCUAACUUGGGUUUUCGUUCUGAAAGACAAAUCCGAAGUUACAUCGGUCUUUCAACAAUUCUACAAUUCUAUAGAAAUCCAGUCCAAUGCCAAAAUCGCUAUUCUUCGGAGUGAUAAUGGUCGGGAAUACCUUAAUAAUUCCUUAAGAGAGUUCCUAAUCUCAAAAGGAAUAGUCUAUCAGAGUUCCUGUGCGUACACCCCUCAACAAAAUGGAAUGGUCAAACAGAAAAACCGUCACCUAGUCGAAGUUGCUUGGUCUCUUAUGUUGUCCACUUCCCUUCCUUCCUAUUUAUGGGGUGAUGCUGUCUUGACAGCAACUCAUCUGAUAAAUCGAAUGCCGUCCCGGACUUUAAAGUUCCAAGCCCUCUUAGAUUCCUUCAAAGAGUUCUAUCCAAAUACCCGGCUUCUUUCUGAUGUGCCCCUCCGAAUCUUUAGUUGUGUUGUGUUUGUCCAUACUCAUGGCCCUAACCGAACCAAGUUUACCCCUCGGGCUCAAAAAUGUACAUUUGUGGGGUAUCCAUUUCAUCAGCAUGGUACAAGCGUUAUCAUCCCUCUUCUAGGAAAUACUUUGUCUCCAUGGAUGUGACAUUCUUCGAAGAUCAUUCAUUCUUUCCCAAUGGUUCUCUUCAAGGGGAGAAUACUAGUGAAGAAACCAAUUGGGGUCUGAGUCUAUCUGUCUUGCCUGAACCCAUCCUUGACAUCAGUACUAAUGAAUCCAUUCUACCGACCAAACAAGUCCCAUGGAUCACAUACUAUAGGAGGAAUCUCAGGAAGGAAAUGGCGCCGCCUAUUAUUUCUCCGGCUCCAGUCCAUGAGUCAGAACGGAGAUCAGUUCCAGGUAUUAAUAGUCCUAUCCCUGAUGAUGGUAAUAAAUGUGAUAAAAUUGAUGUUUGUGUUGAAAAUGGUGAGAGCAAAAACAGGGAAGACAAUGACAUCAAAGAUGUAAUCGAGGCAGAAAAUGAUGAUUGUGAGACACUUGUUCCAGUAGAGAAUAUUGCUGAACCUGGAAAAGAAAUGUCACCUAUUCCAGCUGAAAACACCGUUGAAAGUGGAAAAAUGACAGAACAUGAGACGUAUGAGCAGGAAGGUGAGUGCAGUAUGAAGUCUGAGGAAAGUAAAGACAGAGAUGCAUCCCUUGACCUCUCGAUUGCUCUAAGGAAAGGUACCAGAUCGUGUAAAAAAUAUCCACUGCAGAGUUACUUGUCCUAUAGCAACAUGUCUCUUGAGUUCAAGGCCUUCACUACGAACCUAGACACAGUGGUGAUACCAAACAGCAUACACACAGCAUUGGAAAUUUCUGAAUGGAAAGCUGCAGUCAUGGAAGAAAUGGGGGCUCUCAAUAAAAAUCAUACGUGGGACCAAGUCACUCUUCCAAAUGGUCAUAAAGUAGUCGGAUGUAAAUGGGUGUUCACAGUAUAGGCCCGAUGGAACAGUUGAUAGAUACAAAGCCAGAUUGGUUGCCAAAGGUUUUACUUAGACAUUCGGGGUUGAUUAUUCCGAGACUUCUUCACCAGUAGUAAAGCUGAAUACAGUACGGGUUCUGCUUUCAAUUGUAGUUAAUAAAGAUUGGCCCCUUCACCAGCUUGAUGUGAAGGAUGCCUUUCUCAAUGGAGAGUUGGAGGAAGAAGUCUACAUGAGUCCUCCCCCAGGAUUCGAGAAAUGGUUUAACCACUGUGUUUGCAGACUGAGAAAGUCCUUGUAUGGGUUAAAAUAGUCCCCAAGGACCUGGUUUGGCAGGUUUACUAUGUUUGUAAAGUCACAAGGGUAUAGUCAGGGAUAUUCAGAUCAUGCUCUCUUCACUAAGAGGUUAGUAUCCAGGAAGAUUGUAGUUUUGAUUGUUUAUGUUGAUGAUAUUGUCAUUUCAGGUGGUGAUACCUCAGAGAUUGACUGAUUAAAGGCAAAGAUGGCUGAGGAAUUCGAAAUCAAGGACUUUGGAAAACUAAGGUACUUCCUUGGAAUGGAGGUAGCUCUAUCGAGAGAAGAGAUUUCAGUUUUCCAACGGAAAUAUACUCUAGACUUGCUUAAGGAAACAAGUAUGACAAGCUGCAAACCAGUUGAUACUUCUAUAGAAGCAAAUGCAAAGUUAAGUGAUAUGAGUAAAGGCGUUCCAGUUAACAAAGAGAGAUAUCAGCGGCUUGUUAGAAAAUUAUAUAUCUCUCUCAUACUAGGCCCGACAUUUCAUAUGCAGUGAGUAUGGUAAGUCAGUUUAUGCAAUCUCCGUACGAAGAACAUAUGAGGGCAGUGGAGCACAUUCUGAGAUAUUUGAAAACUUCUCCAGAGAGAGGCUUGAUGUUCAAAAAAACUGAAAGACGAUGCAUCGAGGCAUACACAGAUGCAGAUUGGGCAGGGUCUGUGGUAGACAGAAAGUCGACAUCAGGGUAUUGUACCUUUUUUGUGGGGUAACCUUGUCAGAUGGAGGAGUAAAAAACAAGGUGUUGUUGCCAGAAGUUGUGUCCAAGCUGAGUACCGGGCCAUGAGUCUGGGAAUCUGUGAAGAAAUUUGGCUUCAAAAAGUCUUAAGAGACCUUGACCAAGAUCAUACCGGCCCAAUGAAACUCUAUUGUGAUAAUAAAGCCAUAAUAAGCAUAGCGAAUAACCCAGUUCAACAUGAUAGAAUAAACAUGUGGAGAUUGAUCGGCAUUUCAUCAAGGAGAGACUUGAUAAUGGCAAUAUCUGUGUUCCUUAUAUUCCUUCCAGUCAAUAAAUUGCAGAUGUCCUAACAAAGGGACUGCCCAGAAAGUUGUUUGACUCGUGUGUGAGCAAGUUGGGUCUUACUGACAUCUACGCCCCAACUUGAGGGGGAGUGUUGAAAUUAGGGUUUUUUACUCUAGGGGCAUUUUUGUCUUUAUACUUGUACCCUAGGGCUUCCCUUUUUUUCUAUUUAAGUUGGCAGUCACUGUGUAUUCUUUAUAUCAGAUUAACUAAUAAGAAAGAAUUCUAUA